CGGCGAUGUAACUUUUACCAGGAGAACGGUCAGCCCUUUCCGGACCGCGGUCACUGCCCCAGACCCAGCAAGCGUUGCUGGUACGCACACCCGGACGACCCGGAGUGGCCUACCGCACGCCUCGUUGCCCCAUACGUACCGCCGUACGCACCACAUCCAAGCGCGCGCCCACCCUCGCCGUACGGUCCGCCACCCCCUCCCCCGCCGCCGGUCAAAAUCGAACCUAGGGAACGCAUCCCGAGCUUCUCCUCUGCGCACGGUGCGCACGUAGACCGCGACGGCGACGUCGACAUGCAUCCACCGCGGGCGCCACACGGACGGGGCCACUCCCCGGCGAACUCGAUCGCGUCGUCUUCGGCACGCCGUCCGUCCUAUGUCGCGAGCGGAGCCCGAAUGCGAGACGAGGAGAAGGACGAUGAGAGGGUGCGGUACCGGGACGAUGAUCGCAGACGAGAGGACGAGAGAAGGUACGAGGAGGACCGGAACAGAGACCGUGACAGGCGGAGAGACGACGACCGGCGCCGAGACGAUGACUAUCACAGGAGUGAGAGACGACGAGACGACCGAUCCAGGGAUCGCAGGAGCCGAUCGAGCUCGCGCGCUCGGAGGCCGUCGUCGUCCUCUCGCCACCGCCGACCGUCCUCCGCGCACACACCACCGAAGGCCUUGACAAAGGAAGAGAAGAUACAGCUUUGGUUAAAGCGCACCGACGAUUUGAAGCGGACAGUACAAGCCCGCAGCGAGCACCUGCGCUUGCAUGAGGAGGUGAAGAAGUACGAGCGGCUCACGAAGUCAGCGCAGUACGAGACCCUGCCAGAGGAAGAAAAGGCUGCGCUCCACAAGCUCCUCGAGUCUACCACUUCGCGCUUCCAUGCGAAACAGACAGAGUUGAACGGCCUUGCAGGGAAGCUCGUUCCCGAUGACUUCUGGCCCUUCUUCGCGCAACGCGCGCAACAAACCACCGACCCAGGCUAUCAAGAGAUGAUCAGAACCCUCGCCGGUCUGAGGGAGCAGGUCGAAGGCCUUCACGGCGCACUGGCCAGCGUGCAGCCCUCGCAGCCCUUGACAGCGGCGACAGCGGGUCCUUCUACGUCUACAGCGGUGGCUGCGCCUGCGUCGAAUCCAGAACCCGGCGAGAUCUCGAAUGACCCUCCCGCUCGCCCCAAGAAGCGGCGGCGUGUCUCCGUCGACGCAAGUGCACGAGUACCAGACCUCUCCGCGGGAGAGGCGGAGAAGAUGCAGGACCAUCUCGCCGAGCUCACCCACCGAAUCUCAGAGCUGCGCAACGAUUUCCUCCAAUACGACAGCAAGAUUGCCGACGAAGUGGAAGCCGAGCUUGACUACAGACUGGCUGGCCUACGGCUGGGAGUGGGUGGAGAGGAAGAUAGGCCCGCCGACCCCGAGCUUCAGCAGAAGGUACAGAGACUGUUGGACGCUAGCAAGGUGGCCGACGAGAAAACAACACAAGCCCUCGCAGACCUCGCAGACUUGAAGACUAAAGGCCAAGCGGAGGAAGAAGAGCGUGCGCUUAUGCAGACACAGAGGGACGCCGUUGCGAAGUCUCUAGAGGAGACCUUGGCGGAGUUCGCGCAGAUGUCGAAGACCAUUGCCGACCAAAGGGCGGAGAUCCACGCGCUGAGCCAGGCGAUCACCGCCAUCGGCGCGCAGGGGUCACAUCCGCCCCUCCCGCCCGCGCCCCUCACCGCCGAAGAGAUCGUCGAGGCGAUCCGGCCGCAGCUGCUGAACGCCACGCGUGACGACCUCAACGCGAUCCUAGAGGAUGUUCGUGCGCACAUCCAGAAGGAGCUGCAGGAGCAGUCGAAGUCUGUUAGCGGCGACCUCAUGACGCAGAUCGGCCCCGUCGUACGCUCGGUCGAAUGGAUCUCGGCCUGGAUCGACCGAAUACGAAAUCAAAACACCACGAUUGUUACGACCUCAGCCGCUGGUAGUUCCACCUCCGCCACCACUACAGACAAGGGGAAGGGUGUUGCGCGAUGAAGAAGUACUCAAGAUUCUGUAACUCUGUUUUGAACCUCUCCGUUGUUGCUUGUUGUACUUUUUGUGUAUAUCCUGUUAAUGACCCGUCUGCACUAUUAUCCCAAUACUCUACGUAGUACUCAGAUAUGUC